UUUCCCUUCUGAAAGACCCGCUAUUCUUUGAUGAUUGGGCAGCGGCAAACUUCAAAGCCAUAAAUCUUUCUCCUGACUGGCUGGCGGUCUACCAAAGUCUUAUCAAAUUCUAAGAAGUGAUCCCUCGACCACAGAUAUUCCAAGGAUAUCUCAGAAUAGCAGGAGGAGGAAAGAAAGCUCUCCAUGCGGCUGAUUUCCCUUUAGUACUGGUUGAAACAUCGAAUCGUGCCUCCUUUCAACAAUUUAUACGGGGAAUGGCUGCUGUAGCUGUUCUACGUAGUGAUUCCCUGCAAGCUUUUCUCCAGGAUCGUACCCCAAAUUCUUCCCCCGAGUCGGCCAAGCAGUCUCCACUGGCUCUUUUGGCUGCAACAUGCAACCGUAUCGGACAGGCUGGGUCAGCUCACACUGAUUUUUUCCAGAUUCCAUACGAUCCAUCUCUGAGUUCUCCGUCUCGCAUCUUCCACCCUUGGAGUAACGAGAUCCCGUCUAACCCAGGCGGGAUGCCAUCCCACUCCAGCCUAGCUCUAACUCCUCCGAAAGUUCAUCAGCUACCACCCCAUCUUCAGGCGCCCUAUGGGUCACAUGAACUUCCUCUCACUCCACCGGCGGAGCCGUCUUACCCGUUCGAGCUGUCCCCCGUCAAGAUGCUGCCUUCGUCUAUGCAGACCUUAGCUUCGAGUUGCCAACCGACCUAUGUCCCCGCCGUCACCUAUGGCACAUCAACUCCUAUCAGUUCAGCUAUGUCAGGUUUUGUCCCAACAGGAUCCACCUUACUUCCACAUCAACACAGGCACAUGUCUCCCAACCAAGUAGAGGACAUCCCGUGGUGGAGCAUUCAGCAGAGCAGCAGUGUCAGCCACUCCUCGUCCAUCGCUCCUCACCGCUUCCCUCUGCAACGUUCCUUGGUUUUGGGACAUUCAGAUUUCGCCCAGUAUCAAACUCAGAUAGCGGCUCUUCUUCAUACCAAAUCUCCUCUGGCUACUGCCAGGAGGUGCAGAAGAUGCCGCUGCCCUAAUUGCCAGUCAUCGAGCAAUGGAGAUGAGCCUGGGAAGAAGAAGCAGCACAUUUGCCACAUUCCGGGUUGUGGGAAGGUUUACGGCAAGACGUCUCACCUGAAGGCUCAUCUGAGAUGGCACACUGGCGAGAGGCCCUUCGUCUGCAACUGGUUGUUCUGUGGCAAAAGUUUCACUCGAUCAGACGAGCUGCAGAGGCAUUUGAGGACUCACACUGGGGAGAAACGCUUCGCAUGCCCAGAAUGUGGCAAAAGAUUUAUGAGAAGCGACCAUCUGGCCAAGCACGUUAAAACACAUCAAAACAAAAAAACAAAACUUAGCGUGGAAAAUGUGAAAAAGGAAGACGGAAAUAUGUUAGGGCACAACUAAACAGAGGGAAACAAACAAACAAAAUGCGGGCUAUUGAUGCAACUAAUUGCUUUGGUGGUGCAAUAUCCUUGAAAAAAGGACUAUUUUAAAUGUAUAGAAGAACAUGCUUCAGUUAAUUUCACAAUUGGCCGCUAUGCUUCAGUAUGAAGUUGUAUAUAUUUAUAGGGAUGUUAAACAAUACAAGCUGUUUAAUUUUGGGAUUUAAACGGAGUCCUUGCUGAAAGAUCAGAUCUGCUGUUCAUAGAGUACUUAAUAGCUUUGGUCGAAUGAACAUGUUUUGUCUUUAUUCUAGCUCAAUGGGAAGUUUCAGCAUGCUUUUUAAAACUUCACACUGCUGUAUACUGAACCGACCUUCUACUGUGUGAAAAAUAAAAGUCCGUUUGGCUUAA